AUGUGGUUACCCGAUGCGGCCAGCUGGAAUAUUGAUAUUGAUCGGUACCUGAACCCUUUUCUUCCACCUCCGCCGUGGAAGUACCUGCCCUAUCCCGUCUCGUGGUGGUUUGGGUACCGGAAGAACCCCCCUCGUGCACUGGGAAAUGUCCUGAUCGCUUUCUGGUCCUGCAUCGGGAUCUUUUGUGGAAUCCUCUUGAUCGAGGGCGUGUCGCGCCAUGUGCAGGUGUUUCGGGACCAUGGAGCGCCAAUAAUCGUAGCCAGUUUCGGCGCGGGCGCUGUACUGCACUUUUCUGCUAUCGAAUCACCUCUGGCGCAGCCCCGAAGCGCUAUCCUGGGCCAACUCAUCGCCUCAGUCAUCGGGGUCGGUAUUGCCAAGUUAUUUGCCCUGAACCCAGACGCGGAGAAUCUGCGCUGGAUCGCCGGAGCCUUAGCAUGCGCCGCAGCCACCGUUGUUAUGAUUUUGACCAAAACCAUCCAUCCGCCCGCGGGCUCGACCGCUCUCCUGGCAGCUGUCGACGAGAACACGUUGGCACUCGGAUGGUUGCUCGUUCCCAUUAUGCUGCUGGGUUGUGCGUUGAUGCUGGCCGCAGCGUUGGUCGUGAACAACCUCCAACGACGCUUUCCUUCUUUCUGGUGGACGCCGGAGGACUUGACGAGACAGAAGCCGUCUGAUCUGGAGAAGACGGAGACCAAAUACGAACCCUCUCUGGGGAGCAGUAGUUCCCCGACGGAGACGCCAGAAGUGCAGUUGAUCAUUCGGAAGGGGGAAGUGAUUGCGCCAGAGGGGUUUUAUUUGACGGACGAAGAGCGACAGUAUCUGGAAAGUCUUGUUGAACGAACAUAA